CGCCCCCAUGUCCCUCAGCAACCCCCUCAACCUCCUCCUCGUCCCCCCCCUCCUCUUCCUCGCCUACCGCAUCCUCGUCCCGCCUCCACCGCACACCCCGCCAGAGUACAACUCGCUCCCCGCAGAGCAUCCGCACGUCAUAUGUCACUCAACGUUCACUCCUGCACAGCUUGCCCAGUAUGACGGCACCAACGGCGAUCGCAUACUCCUCGCCAUCAUGAGGGUCGCUCCCGACGGAAAAAUAGAUCCAAACGGCGAACGGACGGUUUUUGAUGUCACGGCUGGCAGGACAUUCUAUGGACCUGAUGGUGUCUAUGGUAACUUUGCUGGGCGAGAUGCGUCUCGAGGCAUGGCCAAACAGUCUUUUGAGCCAGAAGUCCUCACCUCCAUCGACGAACCUCUUGACGAUCUUUCUGAUCUCACGCCUUCUGAAAUUGAGAACAUGCGGGGGUGGCAUCAACAUUUCGAAGGUAAAUACAUUGUCUGCGGUGAAUUGGUGAAUGGAUAAGAGCGUCAGUCUAGGGUGCGCUUUUUUGUUGUACAUCUGGGACCGGCUGGAAAUUGAGACAUUCGAGUCGAGAUGUGAUUGUUCUAGAGUCAGCCAAUGGAGUAUAAAAUGAAAGGAGCAGCUUUCCGCUAGAAAAGGAAUCCAUUGGAAUGCUUUAAAGAAUGUUUUAAUCACGUUUGCUGUGCAUGCAUCUAUGAAUGGGA